AGUGCGCAGUGCAGUACGUGUCGUGACGUUUUGGCGCAAAAGCACAUUCAAGUUUAAAGUAAACGUCGUUAACCUCAAGCAGGCCGAGCAGGCGUGUUUUCCGGCGCCCGAUAUCGUCAUUGUUAAAAUGGAAGCGACCGCAUCGACGGUGAGCGUCAACGCGGAGGAGGAUCUAGACGAGUAUACUCCAGCGAAGCUGGUCAAGGCACUAGAGAAAAAUGGCAUCACAGCGGGAGACAUCAAGAAGCUGCAGGAAGCCGGUUACUACACCGUCGAGUCGGUGGCUUACGCGACCAAGAAGGAUCUCGUAGCGAUCAAGGGCAUCAGUGAGGUCAAGGCGGAGAAAUUGCAGCAGGAGGCGUCCAAGAUGAUCAUGAUGGGCUUCAAGAGCGCCACGGAGAUACAUCAGACGCGGUCGAAUAUCGUCUACAUCACCACUGGUUCCAAAGAGUUGGACAAGCUGUUGGGCGGAGGUAUAGAAACUGGCUCUAUUACGGAGAUCUUUGGAGAGUUUAGGUCAGGGAAGUCUCAGCUGUGUCACACCCUCGCCGUGAACUGUCAGUUACCCAUCAGCAUGGGUGGUGCGGAGGGAAAAUGCCUCUACAUAGAUACAGAGAAUACUUUUAGGCCGGAAAGAUUGAUUGCGGUGGCCGAGAAGUACAAGAUCAACGGACAGUCCAUUCUCGACAACGUUGCCUGUGCGAGGGCGUUCAACACCGAUCACCAGACCAAGUUGUUGGUUCUAGCCGGUGCCAUGAUGACAGAGGCGAGAUACGCCUUGCUGAUAGUCGACAGCGCGACCGGUUUAUAUAGAACCGACUACACCGGCAGGGGUGAAUUAGCGGCUAGGCAGAAUCAUCUGGCGAGAUUCCUCAGAAUGCUGCUGCGACUGGCGGACGAACACGGGAUCGCCGUUGUUAUCACGAAUCAAGUGGUCGCGCAAGUCGACGGCGCCGCUAGUAUGUUCGGUGGCGACCAGAAAAAACCGAUCGGCGGUCACAUCUUGGCACAUGCGAGUACAACGAGAUUGUACUUGCGUAAGGGCAGGGGAGAAACUAGGAUAUGUAAGAUAUACGAUUCGCCGUGUUUACCAGAGAGUGAAGCGACAUUCGCCAUAAACCCGGACGGUGUAGGCGACGUACAGGAAUAAGUUUAAAUUGAGUCAGUGUAAGAGGAACACGAUGGAUUAUUACACAGAGUUUGAUUUAGUUUUUAAUGAAAUCGACAAAUGUGUUUGGCGCAUUGGAUAUCAACCUAUGUAUCUGUUAAGGCAAAGAUAAUUAAAGGGGCAAAUGUCUCGCGCGUUGAACGUUAAUUUAUAUAGCUGUUAAAGUGAAAGGAUAAUUAACGAGGGAUCAAGAAAAGAACAAUAAUUAAUUCUACGCAAUCGAAGUUAAUUGUUAAGUUAAUUGAAAAUAAGAUUAUAUGUGCAUAACGUGUCUUUCUUAACGUUUCUAUAUCUUUCUUAGAAGAUUUUAUAUGAUAUUGUAUUUCAAGGCUUUAAUAAAUAUAAGAUGUAAUACAUUUUUUUUAAACGU